AUGCAAGUUGUCAGCAGUUAUCUCGCAAAUCAUUUCAAAACAACCAAGGAUGAGAAAGCGAGUCCAUUCUAUCAAACAUGGAAAAACGUCGGAAAAGUGUGCACCGUCUCUACACAAGUAAGAGUAGGAAUAAAUGCGCUGUAUGGGGUGAAAGCUCUUCAUGAUAUGGGGUUCAUUCAUCGUGAUCUUAAACCAGCUAAUAUGGCAUUAGGGGCUAGUGAUGGCAAUCACUCUCGUUUACUGCACAUAUUUGAUUUCGGCCUCGCGAGGGAGUACGUGGUUUUUAGCGGGCAAGGACGACCGAAAUUGAGAAGGCCAAGACAAGUUGUUCGAUUCAGGCAAGUUCUUCCGAUUUUUGUUUGA